AUGGAUGAAGUGAUUAGUUAUCUAGACUCUUUGGUUAAUACCAUAAAUCCUGGGCUAAACAAACCUUUAUCAACUCAUCAUCCAUGCCAAAAAUGGUUAGAAGAUCUUGAUGAUGACCUACAAGAUUAUUUCGGGUUUCCAAAUGAAUUAAGAGAUCAUACAAUUGUACAUAAUGAGAAUGGAAACUUAGAAUUACUUACAGCAAGAAAUGAUCCUCUAAUUAAUCCACAUAAUCGUAUUCAACUCCAAGGAUGGCGAGCAAACAUUGAUUUAAAGCCAAUACUUAUAAUCUAA